CCCAUUCUUGUUUCUCUUUUCAAAAGAUUCGCCCGGAAAGAAACGGUAGAUGGAUGAGGUAGCCAUGCUACAGGAAGUGAAAAAGUGCUUGGUCACUUUAUCCUUUGUAGUCAAAUCAAUCGACGAGGACAUCGAUCAAAUGCAGCUCUCCAUGGAGCGAGUCACAGCGCUUACGAAUUCCUGGAAGUCUUUACUCCGAAGGUCCCGCACUUAGU